AUGCUUGGACACGUCUUUGUCCUAGCAUUAAUCCCUGCUGGUCUCCUAGCUUAUGUCUUUCACUCGUUGAUACAAAAACUUGAGCACACGAAGGGGGAUCAUAGAGAUGCAUUGUUCUCGGAGCUUGGAGGGUCUAAGACAAGGAAGAUAGUUGGAUUCUUCCAUCCUUACUGCAAUGCAGGCGGUGGCGGUGAACGCGUCUUGUGGACGGCUAUAGCUUUCUUACAGCGCACCGAACCUAACGUCGUCAGCGUCGUCUACAGCGGGGACACCGACGCAUCGAAGCAACAGAUCAUUGACAAAGUAAAGGCAGGGUUUGAUAUUAGCCUUUCGCCCGACUCUCUCCAUUUCGUUUUCCUCACUUCUCGAUACCUGGUCGAAGAUUCAACAUGGCCCCGAUUCACGCUCCUGGGCCAGAGUCUAGGAUCCAUGUAUCUCGCAUGGGAGGCCAUGUCAAAGCUCAUUCCCGACUUGUUCAUAGACACCAUGGGAUAUGCGUUCACUUUCCACGUCGCGCGUGUGCUUGGGCGUGUCACUGUCGGCGCGUAUACCCACUACCCCACCAUCAGCACCAAUAUGCUGGAGAGGGUGAAGUCGCGAAAGAAGUGGCACACCAAUUCCGCUAUUGUCUCAUCAUCGGCUCUCCUUAGCAAGGGAAAGCUUUUAUACUACCGCUUGUUCAUGUAUCACUACGCCAACUCCCUACGGCUGGCAUCAUUCUUGAUGGUGAACUCCUCUUGGACGAAGACCCACAUUGAUUCCAUCUUGCAGCAUUCCGAUCCGACGCUAGACACCAUUUACAUGCUCUCACCACUCGUCUUCCUCCGCUUGUUCUACCCUUCACAACCCGAGCCACCCAAAUUCGCCCGCAUUGCAUAUCCCCCUUGUGACACGCGAGAAAUGGCCAAGUUCCCGUUGGAAGGACGCGAGCGAGUUAUCCUUAGUGUUGCACAAUUCCGUCCUGAGAAAGAUCAUUCAGCGCAGUUGCGUGCGUUUCACCAUCUGCUGAAGUCGUAUCCGGAGUAUAGCACACCAGAUUCCGUCAAGCUCGUCUUGUUAGGCGGAAGCCGUAAUGCCGAAGAUGCAAUCCGCGUAGAGGGCUUACGGGCCCUUGCGAAAGAACUCAAUAUUGAGGAGCGAGUGCAGUUUGUUGUGAACGCGCCGUACCCGGAUAUGCUUGGUUGGCUGUCGAAAGCGAGCAUUGGUCUUAGCACGAUGGUCGACGAGCAUUUUGGCAUCAACGUUGUCGAAUUUAUGGCAGCGGGUGUAAUACCCGUAGCACAUGCCUCUGGGGGUCCUCUUAACGAUAUUGUGGUGCCAUUUAAAGGCGAACAAACAGGCUAUCAUGCGACGUCCUCCGAGACGUAUGCUGAGGCCUUCCACGCUAUCUUGACGUUGCCAUCCAACGAAGAGAUCGAACUUCGAUCGCGGGCGAGGAGGUGGGCGGUGCAGCGGUUUUCUGAAGAGGAAUUUGAGAAAGAGUGGAAUGCAAGUGGUUGGAAGAAAUGGCUCGUGAAUGAUUGGUGA